AUGGACACCUCGCGGCCAGGCGGGUCUUCGGAUAACAAAGAAUGGUCAGACGCAGGAUGGAACACGGACGACAACAGCCGUGGCGAACACUCGGCUAGCCGGAACGCAUAUACACGCGAACCACAGGCCUUCGGCCAGGCGCCAUCCUACACUGCCGUGUCAAUGGACAAGGCCGCCUCUCCUACAUCCGCACAUGCGCGUGCACGACGAAAGUCGUUGUCAAUGGGGACCGCUCCCUUGCCUCGCGAGGAGGAGGACGACGACGACACGGGCUAUGGCUUCCGGAAACGUCGCAGUCGGGCAGGCUCGUUUACGUACCUGCCCUUCCACGGGCGGAGACGCCUGUCGAACGCUGGUGGUGAACCAUUCUGGAGCGGGUGGAGCCUCGCCGGCACGAGAAGCUUGCGCCGCCGUGUCCUCGUCCCCGCUGGGCUGGUCCUCGCGGUCGUCGUCUUCAUCGUCUGGCACCUUGUCCGAUCCUACGAGAUCCAGCUCGAGUUUUCCGUCUUCUCCCACUCUUGGGUCGCGUCCGAGUUUGACCACAUCGAGCCCCUCAAGGGCUGCUUUAAUUCCAGGCACAUUAGCCCAGAGUACAACAUGACGGCUCACAAGGCCGGACGCCACCACAUGCUCUCGCCUGGGCUGAGCCUUCGGCGCGGCAUGACAUGCUACGACUAUGCCUCGACGAUCCAGCAACCGCCAGACGUGCCCCUCAACCACCUCUUGUACCACAGCUACUGGCGCAGCGACCUGAUGCCCUUUGGCGACCGCCAAGCUGCGACGCUCAAGGCGUUUCUUGCCACCCAGCCGCUGGACCAUUCCAAGAUGAUCCUGUGGUCGAACGGUGCAGACAUUUUGGCAGCCAACAAACACCUCGCGAGCAUCAUUGCAGAGUGGCCUGACCACAUCGAAAUCCGCCAGGUCGACAUGACCGGCCUUACGCGCGGUACCGAGCUCGAGGGCAAGCUGGGCGCCCUGUCUGCUCUCAAUGACGAGCGCGGCUGGGUCGACGGCGACGCCAUCCGCCUCCUUGUCCUCUACCACCACGGCGGUGUCUGGAUGGACAUGGACCAGGUGCUCACGCGCGACCUGCACCCGUUGACCGAGAGCGAGUUUGUGACCCAGUGGGACUGUUAUGACAAACCCUACUUUCAGAUGAACGGCGCGCUCAUGCACUUUCAAAAGCACUCGCCGUACCUGUGCGAGGCAUUCCACAUCAUGGCGUCGUCGCCUUUACCCAAGCCCAACUCGUUCACCUGGGGCUCGCACCUGUAUUCCAAGCUCCACCGCCGCCUGAUCGCCAACCACAUUGUCCCCUUUGCCGUGCUGCCGUGGUGUUUCUCGGACCCGCGCAACUGUCGCUCGGACAUUCGUUUCCCGGACCCGUUUGCGCCUGACCCGUCGCUCUGGGGCGGCCGUCGCUGGGACGGACGCGGGGCAGCGCGCUCGGGACGUGAGGUACUAGAGGAGAAAAUGGGCCACGUCUGGACCGUCCACCUGCAUAACCAGUGGAACAAGAAGUUUCCCAUUGGCGGCUGGAUGGACAAGCUCAUGAGCACGUACGCCGACAAGGUGGUGCGUCUCCAGGCGCAGCGCAGGGGCGGCCGCGAGGCCGACACGCCGACCAAGGUGGUGGCCAAAAACACCAAACGUGAUGACGACACGACGACUGAGUGA